UCGAACAACAAAGACAACUGCAGCUGACCGGAUUAGUUGAAAAUUCGCUAAGUGAAAUGCGAAAGUGAAUAAAACAUAAUAAAGAAGCGAAUUGUUUUGUUGGAUAAAAAUAAAAAACUAAACAACAAAACAAGAACAAAAAAGAAAACAUUUCUGUAAAAAUAUCUCAGCGUUAGCAAAAUGCAAUCCCAAAUCGAACUGGUUGAAAUAAGUUUGAGUGGACCAAAUACACCGAUUACACCAAGCACCCCGGAGAAGCGAUUCGAACAGGCCACUGAUGCAAUUUUAAGUUAUGUCCUCGGCGAUACGGUGCGUGAGCGUGAUGAGUAUGAUCCCAGCGUGGAAGAAUCCUUGCAGAGACGCAAUCAAACCAGCACCGCUUGGGCACCGAAGGUUAAGGAUGAUGGGAAUUUUUAUUUUGCCGUUGGACCGAGUACCUAUCAGAUACGUUGUCCUCUCUGUAAGCAGCGUGCCGACAGCGAAACGGUGCAAAUGAGCGGCAUCUUGGGUCAUCUCAGCUGUUUACUCUCCACAUUGUCCUGCUGUUUUCCAAUAUUCUCGUUGUCCUUUGUCUAUCUGUGCCUGCAGAGUCGCUUGAAGAGCAAACGCAUGUUCUGCAAUAGAUGCGGCGGCCACCUAGGCUUCUACUGGCGGCCUACUUGAGCAAGAUUCUUUUAUUAUAGUACCUUAGUAAGGCUUUUAAUUGUUUUGGUCUAGUGCUUGCAAAUAAUUUUAUGAAUCUGUUUCGAAUAAUUUAUAUGUAUAUAGAUAGUAUUUUUUUAACAUUUAA